ACUGCGAUGUCAGUGGAUUGCCUGGGACAGCGCGCAGUCCUCUCGGGCCGCCGUUUCCUCUACAUAGUCAACCUGGAUGCACCAAACGAGGGUCAUCGAAAGAUCUCCCGGCAGAGCAAGUGGGACAUCGGGGCAGUGCAGUGGAACCCGCACGACAGCUACGCCUACUACUUUGCAGCUUCGAGCAAUCAGCGAGUUGACCUGUAUAAGUGGAAGGAAGGUAAUGGUGAAGUUUGCACAUCGCUGCAAGGACACACACGUGUGAUCAGUGACUUGGACUGGGCGGUAUUUGAGCCAGACCUGCUGGUCACCAGUUCUGUUGACACGUACAUCUACAUCUGGGACAUCAAAGAUACCAGGAAGCCUACAGUCUCGCUCUCUGCGGUCGCUGGAGCUUCCCAGGUCAAAUGGAACAAGAAAAAUGCCAACUGUUUAGCAACAAGCCACGAUGGAGAUGUCCGAAUAUGGGACAAAAGGAAACCCAGCACUGCAGUAGAGUACUUGGCAGCUCAUCUCUCUAAAAUCCACGGUCUGGAUUGGCAUCCUGACAAUGAGUAUACGUUGGCCACUUCCAGCCAGGACAACUCUGUCAGGUUCUGGGAUUACCGUCAGCCUCGGAAAUACCUCAGUAUCCUUCCCUGCCAGGUUCCUGUCUGGAAGGCAAGAUACACGCCUUUCAGCAAUGGGCUGGUGACAGUGAUGGUCCCCCAGCUCCGGCGAGAGAACAGUCUCCUCCUCUGGAAUGUCUUUGACUUGAACACCCCUGUCCAUACGUUUGUGGGACAUGAUGACGUGGUGCUGGAGUUUCAGUGGAGGAAGCAGAAAGAAGGCUCUAAGGACUACCAGCUGGUUACCUGGUCCCGUGAUCAGACGCUGCGGAUGUGGCGGAUUGACUCUCAGCUGCAGAGGCUGUGCGCCAACGAUAUCCUGGAUGGAGUCGAGGACCUCAUCGAUGGGAUUUCUCAUCUGCCAGAGCCAGACAAGACCCUUCACCCCCAGGACUCUGAGCCCCAGCAUAACUCUGGGCAUGGGGAUGAGGAAGCCUUAAAAGAAGAUUUCCUGAAUGACCCCUUGGUGGGAAAGAAAACAGACCAGCUGGGGCUGCCCCAGACCCUGCAGCAGGAGUUUUCACUGAUCAACGUGCAGAUCCGAAAUGUCAAUGUGGAGAUGGAUGCGGUGAGUCGUAGCUGUACGGUGUCAGUGCACUGCGGCAACCACAGAGUCAGGAUGCUGGUGAUGUUCCCUGUCCAGUAUCCCAAUAAUGCUGCACCAUCCUUCCAGUUCAUCAACCCAACCUCGAUCACUGCUUCCAUGAAGGCAAAGCUGCUGAAGAUAUUGAAAGACACUUCUCUGCAGAAAGUGAAGCGGAACCAGAGCUGUCUGGAGCCCUGCCUGCGUCAGCUGGUCUCCUGGCUGGAGUCUGUUGUGAACCAAGAGGACAGCACAUCCAGCAAUCCCUACGCGUUGUCAAACUCGGUAACGCCCCCCUUGCCCACCUUCGCCCGUGUCUCCAAUGCCUAUGGCUCCUACCAGGACUCUAACAUCCCAUUUCCACGGACCUCUGGAGCCAGGUUCUGUGGUGCAGGGUACCUGGUGUAUUUCACGAGGCCCAUGACCAUGCACCGCGCAGUGUCCCCGACGGAGCCCACACCCAGGUCCCUGUCAGCUUUAUCAGCAUACCACAGUGGCCUCAUUACUCCAAUGAAGAUCCGCACAGAGACUCCAGGCAAUCUGCGUUUGUACAGUGGGAGUCCAACACGCAGCGAGAAGGAGCAGGUCUCCAUUAGCUCCUUCUACUACAAAGAGAGGAAAUCAAGGAGGUGGAAAAGCAAGCGAGAGGGGACAGAUGCCAACAACCGACCCAUCAAAGCUGCUGGGAAAGUUAUUAUCCAAGAUAUUUCCUGCUUGCUGCCUGUCCACAAGCUGCUGGGAGAGCUCUACAUACUGGAUGUGAAUAAUAUUCAGGAGACUUGCCAGAAGAAUGCUGCCUCAGCCUUGGCUGUGGGACGGAGGGAUCUCGUACAGGUUUGGUCACUGGCCAUGGUAGCCACUGAUCUCUGUCUUGGACCGAAGUCUGACCCAGAUCUGGAGAUACCUUGGGCACAACAUCCAUUUGGACGUCAAUUACUGGAGUCUUUGCUGGCUCAUUACUCACAGCUCCACGACGUGCAGACCCUGGCCAUGCUCUGCAGCGUGUUUGAAGCCCAAUCCAGGCUACAGGGUUGCCCAAACUCCUACGGCCCCUUUCCUCAGCGUGCCUCCAACCUGGCCUCCCACAGCCGAUACCCCAGCUUUACUUCCUCUGGCUCCUGUUCCAGCAUGUCAGAUCCUGGACUUGGCACUGGAGGCUGGAGCAUAGCAAACAAAGACACGGAGCAGGCCUCCACUCCCUGGUGCGAGUCUUCUCCAGAUGACUUCCGCUACGGAAACCUGAUGUAUCCCGAUCAUCGGGAGCGUGAGAAAGACCAGCAUGAGAAGAACAAAAGGCUCCUGGAUCCUGCCAACACUCAGCAAUUUGAUGACUUUAAGAAAUGCUAUGGAGAAAUCCUUUAUCGCUGGGGCCUGCGAGAGAAGCGGGCUGAGGUUCUGAAGUUUGUCUCUUGUCCUCCUGAUCCCCACAAAGGAAUUGAGUUCGGUGUGUACUGCAGCCACUGUCGCAGCGAGGUGCGCGGCACCCAGUGUGCCAUCUGCAAGGGCUUCACCUUCCAGUGUGCCAUCUGUCAUGUGGCCGUGCGAGGCUCCUCUAAUUUCUGCCUGACGUGUGGACACGGAGGCCACACCAGCCAUAUGAUGGAGUGGUUUCGCACCCAGGAGGUGUGUCCCACGGGCUGUGGAUGUCACUGCCUGCUCGAGAGCACCUUCUGAGCCGUGGUGACAGCAGGGUGCCCGUGAACUGGAUU